UGAUAAAAUGAACUGCGUUCAAAUAAUCAUAAUAUAUACAAAAAUUAAAAAUUUAACUUUUUCUCAGACAUUACAAUUCAAAAUAUAUGAUAUAUCUUAACUAUAAAUUUAAAAAAUGAAAUUAUAGGCAUUCAAUAUUAUUUAUUAAAUACAACUGGUCAGUUUUUAAUAAUGAUCAAAAUCAUUAUGUUUCCUGAGAGCUUUCUGCUGGAAAAUCAAUAUUUCAAAAUAUAAAAAGAUUUCAUUAUGAAAAUGAGAAAGAAAGUAAUUAAAGUGAAUAAUUGAUCAGAAACAAGUGUGCACAAUGAAAAGAUUUAGACAAAGAGAAAAUAGAAAAGAAAAAAUGUAUAAUAAAUUUGAAAAUAUGCAGGGGAUAAUCAAUGAUCCAGAGCAGGUUAAUGACUUCAUAGAACAUCCGAAAGAACAAUAUUUCAUUGAAAGAAGAAAAACACUAUUUUUUAAUGACUCAGCUAGCCCUAACAUGAAUCAAAUUAAUUACUUUAUGGUAAAUAAUGAAUUGCCAACUGAAGAUAGUUCUUUUCAAUACAGCAAUUCAAUUAAAACAUCAGGUGACUACUUUCAAUCAGACCAAAGAGUCAUCUUCAAUCCGAAACAGGUAAAUAGAUUGGAGGCAAUAGAAAAGCAUGACAUUGCUGAAAGAGGAUACUCUCUUGAAAAUACAAGAAUCAGUACAGUAUAUUUUGACAACCCGGCUGACUCUCAUGAAAAUAAACUCAAUUAUUUUGUAAUAAAAAAUGAUUUGCCAAUGGAAGAUAAAUCUACCCAGUACAGUAAUACUAAUUUAAAAGGAGGAGAAUAUAUAAAUGAAAAAACUGAACUUAUUUCCACACACCAAACCAGGCCCUGCAGUGCAAACAAAGAAAAGCAUAUAUGCACAUCAGCCUUGCCGACGUAUUAUGCUGAGAUGAUCCCAAAAGUUAAUAGAAGCAGACCAUCAAGUCCAUUAGCAUACCUUCAUAGAAAAGAAAAUAGCUCAUACAACAGGUUAGAUAUAAUACAAGAUAACUGCAAACAUUCUAGAAGUCGAAAUUUGUCUUCAGAACAUCAAAUGAGACAAGAAACAUUUUAUGAUGUGAAUUAUAUGAAAAAUAAUAAAGUUGAUCACAGUGACAGUAAAACUUACAUCAAUAAUCGCAUAGAAGCAAGGCCAUGCAAAAUAGGGCAGACCUACUCAACGAGUUCUCAGAACAGCAAUACCCAAAAAGGGCUACCAUUAAAAAAACAAAAACAUAAAGCAAUAGAUGCUAUGUUUCGUGGAAUGAAAUCAGAGCCUGAAUCUAUUGAUAAGUCCCAAUUUCAUACCAAUAUAAACCAUGCGAUGAAGUAUCAGAAUUCAAUUACUGUUUUUCACGAUCAAGCUGUAACAUGCAAUAAUAAUUUUCCAAAUGUCCAUAAGACCCAUUCGCUUAGUGCUCAAAGUUACAACAUUAAAAAUAAACUAGAACUAAGGAAUAAACGUUUGGAUACGUUUUGUGAAACCAAAUCAGAACCUAAACCUAUCUAUAAUUCUCAAAAAAGAACAAAUGAAAACCAAGCGAUGAAACAUCCGAACUCAUUCCCUACAUUACAAAAACAAACUUCAACCUGCAAUAAUAGUUUUCCAAAUGCCCUCAAGGAAUAUCCAGUUCAAAAUAAAAAAAAUGAAAAGACAAGCAAAGCAUAUUAUGAAGCACUGAAUUAUACACAAUACUUAAUUCAAAAAUUGUCUGAUAAAAAUUCACAGAAAAACAUUGAUAAAGAGGAACAAAUAAAUUCCCGAAUGAAUUUGAUUUAUAGCGGAUGCAGGAGUGAGGAAAAAUUUACGCAGACAUUUAAAGCUGUCCCUGAAAAGAAAACCAAGAACUUAAUUUAUAAGGAAAAACUAACACAGACAAUCAAGUAAAAAUAAGCCGGUUUUAAUGAAAUGGUUUUAUUGUAGUUCAAAUUGUAAUGUUCCAUGAAGUUUAAAUGGGCAAAAUGCAUCUUCAGCUUUGAGAAGUGUAAUUAUAAUCCAAAAUUUCUGAAAAAUAAAUCAUUGUCCUUUAUCCUUGUCAUGAUAUUAUACCUUUCUAAAAUUCCUUUCAAUGUGUAUCAAGAAAUAAAUGUUUUCAAAAAUAUUUUUUUUUUUUUUAUCUA